UUAGUAGAAAGAGAAGAAGCUGUUCUUGGUGAUCGGUUGUGUGUGGCAUGGUGGCACAGUUUUUCUUCGGCUGGGAUCAUUUCGCCUCUUUGUGAGAGGUUUUUAGCAUCAACACUCGGUGGAACUUUAUUUGCAACGCUAAAGGACUAUUAAUAUUUUGUGUUUUGUGACUGGGGAAGAUACAGUGAUAGUAUUCUUUGCAUCAGUUCAGAUGACGGAACGAAGGACAAAGAUGAUCACUUCCUGGAGUUUUCUUCUCGUAGUUCUUCUAACUUCGCAGGUAUGGGCAAAAGAAAUCGACAGUGCCCAAGACCUACAGCAAGAAGAAUCUGUCCACCUACCGGCUGAACACAGAGGCGACUAUGGAGCAGCAGAUUAUGGAAACGGUUUAGUACCUCACGGUCAUGAUCCAUGGCCUGGUGGUAGGCCCGAUAUGGCUCAAAUUAAAGCUCUCAACGUGAAAUGCGAAAAAAAUCAUAUGAAGGUUUAUAUUGAAUUUGAUAGACCAUUUUAUGGUAUGAUCUUCAGCAAGGGCCAUUACAGCGAUCCAAAGUGCGUCCAUCUUCCACCAGCAACAGGUCACUUGGAAGCAAAGUUUGACAUUUUUCUAGGUGGUUGCGGCAUGACUAGCAGCCAAGGCAACGGGUAUAAUCAUCCUGAUCAAACAACUGGAUUAUACAUUGAAAACACAAUUAUUGUUCAAUAUGAUCCCCAGGUUCAAGAAAUUUGGGAUCAAGCAAGAAGACUCCGAUGUACUUGGUACGAUUAUUAUGAGAAAGCUGUGACAUUUCGACCUUUCCAAGUCGACAUGUUGGAUGCCGUAACAGCUAAUUUUUUGGGAGACAAUAUCCAGUGCUGGAUGCAAAUACAAGUUGGAAAAGGUCCAUGGGCCAGCGAAGUGGCUGGAAUUGUAAAAAUAGGCCAGACUAUGACUAUGGUUCUUGCUAUCAAAGAUGAAGAGAACAAAUUCGAUAUGCUUGUCAGAAACUGUAUCGCUCACGAUGGCCAUCACCAGCCUAUACAAUUGGUUGAUGAAUAUGGCUGCGUGGUACGACCAAAGAUUAUGAGUCCAUUCCAGAAAGUCAAAAACUUCGGAGCUUCUGCAUCUGUGGUUUCUUACGCUUAUUUCCAAGCAUUUAAAUUCCCUGACUCAAUGAAUGUUCAUUUCCAGUGUGUAAUUCAAGUAUGCCGAUAUGAAUGUCCUCAACCACAAUGUGCUGGAGAACUUGGUGGUGGCUACUUACCUGUUCCUAGAGACCCCUCUUAUGCUGAGAAUAAGGUGGUAGCUUACACCAACGAAGGCCAUCCAGAUGCUAAUCCGCAUCAGGCUUUGUUGUCCGGUUCUGAUGCUGAUGCUCCAUCGGGUCAUGUUGCUUUAGAGCAUCCAGAUCAAGGAGGGGAUAGAGAAUAUGGCCCAGUAUUCUUCAAUCGUCAAGGAGAACAGUUACCAGCUAAAGGAAACAAUAUAAAAAUAGGUGGCGGUUACGGUGUUGCUGGAACAGGGGGCAUGCCACGUUCCAUUCAGGAUCACAACAGGAGAAAACGUCAAGCUAAGGAACAGAUGACAGACAUUCCUACUCAGAAAGUAAUUCAGGUUGUUGCACCUGGAGACGUAGCAUUCAGUUUACCAAAUGAAGAGAAAGAGACUGUAGUAUACGCAACUAGGGCAGAUGGUGAGGGUAUUUGCAUGUCUGUACCCAGUUUCGCAGUUGGCUUAGUAUUCUUGUUGCUUUUACUUGCCAUAUCAACCCUGGUGGCAGGGUUUUUGUUCAUGAGGGUAAAACAUCUCACAGCAAAAGAAGACAAUUCGAUUUCUUACGACAACACAGAGUUUCUGAAGGUAGCUGUGCCUAUGGCCCAUUGAAGGGUAUAAAAAUACCUCCAUACUGUAGUGUGUUAGUCAAGCAAAUGAAUGACUUACUUUAUGCCUAUUCGUCUUAAUUCCAAGUGCUGCUCAACCCAGACCUUUGCCAGCAGCUUUAAUGAUGAAUAACAGACUGUUGAUUUACACAGAAUUACUGGCGAGAUAAAAGUGAAAUUGCACUUGGAUAUGUUUUUGGAACAGUGUAUGUCAUCUUCGCAGAACUCCAGCGGUUUUACCUAGUUCCUCGCUAUAUUUAUUGUUAUUUAUUAACACCGUAAAAUGGACUGAAUGAUGAAUGUUCGGUUGUAUUAAAGUUAUCUGUGAAUAUAAUCGUAUUUUAUAGAGAAAUUGUUAUAAAAUCUAAAAUAUUUGAGGACAAUGUACAUAAAAUACUAAUAUUUUGUAAGAUCUCUUUAUACGUCAUCGUGAGUUUCGCUUGGGAUGCUUUCCGUGGGGCCAUGUGAGAGGGAUUUAAGAGAAAAGGUGGGAAAUUCGCACAAUUUUUCAACAUAUUUUUCUUGCACCACGCCAGCUUUUAAACUAAUAUGUCUGGUUGCUUGUUACUAUUUUCUUAAUCUUUUAUAAAAUAUAUUUCUUAGCAACUGCUUUCCCUGUUAUCCGUUUUCUGAUAUCUAGGUUUUUGUUUACUUUCAACCGUUAUGGCAAGUUUUCCAAAUGCUGUUGAUGGCAUUUAUUGCACAAAUAUCCGAUUUGUGAUUUCAUAAAAUUUCUGUAAUAAAACUUACAAUUUCUUUAGAAGAAAGGUUAUGUCAAUUUUGUUUUUCAUUGAAAAUACUCAACGUUAACAAUACUCCUACUAUUCUAUUUAUUAAAAACUUUCAUGUAUUAAUAUUGCUUCACUAAUUAUAAUAUUCCUUCAGCUUACAUAUGACUAAUAAAUUAUUUAAAUAUAUAUUAAACCACGAAGGAUUUCAAAACUUUAAUCUUCAAGGCUAUGACUUUAAGACAGCUGAAUUAAUUUUUUUAUAAAAAAAAAUAUUCUAAUUCUUUAGUCUAAUUAAAAGAACUUAUCAAGUUUUUUUUUAUAUUUAAAUUUGUGAUUAGAGUUUAACUUAUUAUAGUUAAUUAUAAUUUAUUUUUUAAAUUAUCACAAAGAACAAAAGAGUUAUUUUAUUGAUAUACAUGUGUAGUUUGUUUUUGUUUUUAUAUUUGAUGUCUUGUUCUAUUGAGACGUACAAGUACCUCGGGAAAAAACGAGAACUUGUUUGUAAAUAUGUAUUUUGAAGUCGAUAUGUUAUAAAUAAAUCUGACUAAAUCA